AAAAAAUUGUAAAAACACAAAAACUUGCAAUUUAGGUUUGUUUUUAUUAAGAAGAAAAACAAAGUAUCAUGUCUCACAUAGCAGUGGAGAGAAACAGGAGGAGACAAAUGAAUGAAAAUCUCAAGGUUUUGCGUUCCUUAACCCCUUGUUUCUACAUCAAAAGGGGUGAUCAAGCAUCAAUAAUAGCAGGAGUGAUUGAAUUCAUCAAGGAAUUACACCUUGUUCUACAAUCUCUUGAGGCGAAAAAGAGACGAAAGAGCCUAAGCCCUAGCCCUGGUCCUAGUCCAAGGCCAUUGCAACUAAGUCCUACACCUGAAAGUCCAUUUAUUACUCAUAAUAAUUUCAAGGAACUUGGAGCAUGUUGCAAUUCUCCAGUGGUUGAUGUUGAAGCAAGAAUAUCUGGAUCAAAUGUUAUGUUGAGAACAAUUUCAAAAAGGAUUCCAGGUCAAAUUGUGAAGAUAAUCAAUGUGUUAGAGACACUUUCUUUUGAGAUUCUUCAUCUCAACAUCAGCACCAUGCAGGAUACUGUUUUAUACUCCUUUGUCAUCAAGAUAGGACUGGAAUGCCAACUGAGUGUGGAAGAGCUAGCAGUGGAAGUUCAAAAAAGCUUCUCAUCAGCUGAUGUUUUAUGUAUCAACGAGAUAUAGAAUCUACAAAAUAAAAUAGUAUCUAAUUAUUUAUGUACUCCAUCCAAUAUUAUCUUCUUACUCUCUAGUAGUACUAUAUAUCUUUUGGAUAUAUACAUAUAUAAAGUGUCAGAAGAUAAUUUUGGAAUGUAACAAAUAAUUUCCAACAUUUUAAGGUUGGAUAUUUAGUACGUGAAAUGCACUAUUAUAUGACUAGGUAUACUGGUGGUAGGGAUGUCUGAAUUAGAAAGUUGAGGAUAUAUAUAGAAAGAUCGACUUUAUCCUUGUAUCUUUUUAUUAUUUUAUAUGUUAUAACUUAUAAGAGAA